CCUGGGGUCCUUCUCAGCAACACCCUUCCAAGAUGGCAGCCAACAGUAGCAGCACGGGCAGCAAAUCCAGCAACAGCGCCGGUGGAAAACAGUCCGGCCCGUCGGCAGAACAGGUGGUGGCAACAUUUCAGAGGAUGCGUCAGGAACAGCGCAGUAUGGCUUCGAAAGCUGCAGAUUUGGAGAUGGAUAUCAAUGAGCACAGCUUAGUAAUUGACACCCUGAAGAAUGUGGACCCUUCGAGGAAAUGCUUCCGUCUAGUAGGAGGAGUGUUGGUGGAGAGGACAGUAAAAGAAGUUCUGCCAGCCUUGGAAACCAACAAAGAACAGAUCUCCAAAAUAAUCGAGUCCAUCAACACGCAGAUGCAGUCGAAAGGACGAGAGCUCACAGAGUACAGGGAACGCUACAACAUCCGGUUGGUGGGAGAAGGUGAAGGAGAGGCACAAGGGCAGUCAGCAGCAUCUUCCACGGACAGCGAAGGAGGCGGGUCUAAAAGCGGAGCUGGUGUUUUAGUGUCGUAGUUUGUCAUGAUAGAGCGCAACAGUAGGGCCUUAUGAUUUCUGCAGCACUGAUAACACAACUGGAGUCACAAAAUCUCGGUUCAGUGAUUGAACAUUUCACAGGAUAACUUUGGUUUUUCAAGAUUGGUGAAAAUUCUGCUAAACACAAUGCACUUGGUAUAUCAGUAACAGUACACACAGUUCUCCGCUUACGCAAGUGAAUGCUAAUGUGUGUAAAAAAAAAAAAAAUAAGGGUGUUUGUCUUGCAAUUGCCUUGUCAGUGAAGCUGACUUUUUUUUAUUUCUGAAAUACUUUGGCAUAAAUUAAACAAACUCAACUACUUGUUUUAGCCAUACUCUCAUUUACACAUUGCCAAGGUGCUGGGUUAUUUCAAAGUUUAAGAUGUUCAAAUGCCUCGAACAUACAAGGCAUAUUAGUUCACAGCGCAUUUUUAAGUAAACACGCUUUUGCAUUUUGUAAACUUAAGAUUUUGGACUAACAAUUUAGAAAUGAGGAAAAAUAAAAGCUGAUUUCAUAAAGCCCUAGAGUAGGUUGAGCAUCGCUAAGAGUCACCCUUGCCAAGGCAGCACAGGUCCUGGGGGGCAUUUUGACAACAUGUGUUACAAGCAAGAGCGAGAAAUUAUACUGUAAACAUGUCACCACUGAUCAGAAUGAGUCUGUCGGCUUUGUUCGGCCUCCCUCUGUGAAGCAUUUAAUUCACAACUGUCUUCAUGCGUAUGCCAUGGACAGAACAUCCACUGGUUUGUAUUCACAAUGCUGAUGUGAGGUCAGAUUGUGUUCAGUGGUGACUAAAGCGCAUGCUGUGAUGUGACCGGUGAGAGACAAGAAGUCAGCGCUACCACCACAGCUUGAUAAUAAAGCCCUAUCAUUGAAAACACAAACUAGUCAUGUUCUUUCUGAUCUGUGGCACAUGCUUGAGCUUGGAGUGGUUAAAUUCAUUUUCUAGCACAGUCUAAAUAGAAGAAAUGCCACCUACGACCUGAUGUGUGCUGUCCAGACUGUUUAGUUGUAAGGACAAAAAAUGUUUUUGCUGAUGAUGGUUAUGAAUUAAAGAAUGUUA